AUGUCCGUCGUUGGCGUAUUACCGGAAAUCCGGGGAUUGGGAAAACGUUCUUCAGUUAUCAUCUGCUUUAUCUUCUUGCAAAAACAAAAUAAAACGGUUGUAUAUCACAAACAAAAUGAGGAUCCAAUUCUCUUUAGCGAGGAAGGCAUUUUUCGUGGCUCCGCAGAUAGUGAAUUCAUAGGUUACCUGAAAAAUGACGAUACUUGGUAUAUAGUUGAUGGCUGGGAGCCAAAGGGUUUCAAAGCCAGGACAAUUCUAGUCUGUUCUCCUCAAAAGAAAUACUAUAGUGCGUUUGAUAAAGAUGAGACAAGAAUUCGAUACAUGCCAGUGUGGUCUUGGGUAGAGACUGAUACGUGCAGGAAAGUGAUUUUCCAAAAUCUUAGCCUAGAGAAGGUUUUGAAAUUAUACAAUAAAUGGGGUGGAAUUCCUCGUUUUACCUUAUCUUAUACUCUUAACACUUCUCAGAGAAAACUCCUAAAGAAGGCAAUUAACUCGGUUAAUGAUAAGAUAUUAAGUUUUGUUGGUAAAAGCACAGAGGAUAAUAGUGCCAAUCACAAAAUUAUCCAUAUCUAUACGAAUAUACAAAUAGAAGAGAAAGGAGAAGAAGUUCCUGGGGAAUCUUCUUCUACAGUAUUGAAUGUACUUGAAACGAAUUUCAGGGAACAGUUGCUGAAUUUCGUGACAGCUAGCUUAUCAAUAAGUAAUUAUGGCACACUCCGGAGUGCAAUAUUUGAACGGAUGGCUCAUAGAACCUUACUAAAUGGAGGACUAUUCAAUGUUCGUCCUUUAUCUGAAAAGGCUACUUAUUACUUUAGGAUAAAUCGUGAUUGGAGAGAAAUAGUACCUAAACGGUCAAAAUUGUUGUUCAGUAAUCCCGACGAGAUUGUACAAGGCAAAUACUGUAUAUCAGCUCAAAAAAAUAACGCAUCUUUCGGUGCAUUUGUUUAUCCAAAUAAAUUCUUCCAAAUGACUAUUGCUGAGAAGCAUCCUAUUGUAAAGAGUGACUUGGAAAAAUAUAUUGACCGGGACGACAAUUCAGAUAUCAAUUUUUAUUUUGUCUUACCAAAAGAAUUGUAUAGCUCAUACAAAGAACAGGCUCUUCACAACACAAACGGAACUGUUCUCAGAAAUAAACCACAUUGGUUUAAUCGUUUCAAACAAUAUGCUCUGGAACUUGACCUGAAUAUCAAAUUUAGAUAG